AGAAUCUCUGCAUUUACUAUCCUACUUGCAAGCAUAUGACAGUUUGUGAUCUAUUAUAUUGUCAGAUGCUGUGUUAGAAUUUCCACAAUUUAAUUAGCUAAGUAGCAUUUACAAAUAUUGAAGUGAAGAAAAUUUGAAAUUAUUCGAAAUAGGUAUAUGAAUGUAAUUGUUUAGAUAUGUCUUGUCAGAUAAAAGGAAUUGCAAAUCUAACCAAUAUAAGCAAUAUCAAAGAGUUACUUUUUGGAGAAUCUGUUACAAGACUUGACAUUCCACAAGAUGAAUUACCACUACAAGACUGUUUUAUAUCAUUAUCAUCAACUGGAGAUUGUCUUGCUAUGGCAUAUAAUACAAAGAUGAUCAUAUUAAUGUCAAGAUGGGAUUCAUUAGAACAAGAUGAGGCAAAAAAUAAGUUUCAUAUCGUAUGGUAUGGUGAAGUUGCUAAAGAAAAGAAUGAAUGGGUAACAUCUGUGAUUUGUUUGCCUUUAUUAUCAUUGGGAAAAGCUAGCAGUGGUACAAAUCCAGAUUGGACAUGUAUUAUAGUUGGUUUCAAUACUGGUUUUAUUAGGUUUUAUACAGAAUCAGGUGCAUUAUUAUUAGGGGAACAAUUACAUAAUGAAUCAGUUCUGGGACUAAAAUGUCAAUCUUUUUAUUCACCUAAACAUGUAGGAGAUACGGGUAUGACUGAAGAAGUCCAUGUGGCAUAUAAUAGCGUUGUAUGUGUAUUACAAGGUUUUCCUUUGUUUUCUACAUUACGAGCAUGCAGAAAUCAUUUAGCUAGAGUUCAAGCAAACUGUGAUGAUCUACCACCUAUUACAAACUUGUCAUAUAAGAAGUGGGGUUAUAAAAGCCAGGAUAUUGUGAAUGAUUCGGAAGUAAUUGGUACCACUCCUGUAAACAGUUUUGAUCAUUUAAUGACAGCCUCAAUUUGUGGUGGAUAUAAUGCAUCUUAUAGAUCUAGUGCACCACAACAUAAUUUAGUGCUGGCAACUGGUAAACGACCCUUUGUUGGUUUUCAUUACGCAUUAGAAGGUGGUUCAGCUCCAAUUUUAUCAGAUGUUGCAAUAGCAAUGGCCAGCAAAUUAGCAAAUGCUAUUGGAACUGCUGUUCCUUGGUUUCCUAUCAGUUGGGGAAAUUCAAAACAACAAGCAUCACUUGAAGCAUCAAAAACUAGUGUUCAUGAACCAGUUGAGCCAAUGACUUGUAGGUUUGGAUUAAGUGAUGUUACAAGGGAGGGUUAUUCAAUAAUAUCCAGUCCAAAUAAAACAUUAUCAGUGAUAUUAGAUGCAAUGGGUAGAGUAUUAUUAGUAGAUAACAGAAGUUGUAUAGCUGUGAGAAUGUGGAAAGGUUAUAGAAAUGCACAAUGUGGCUGGAUUGAAGUGGAAGAAGAAAAGCAUUCUGGAAUGUACAAAGCAUUUACUAAAUUUAAACAAACUCCACAGUUGCGGUCUGCUUUCUUUUUAGUCAUUUAUGCUCCAAAAAAGGGUGUAAUAGAUAUAUGGAGUACUCAACAAGGUCCUAAAAUUACUACAUUCACUGCUAGUAAACAUGGUCGAUUGCUUUAUAUUAAUUAUGGUCUUCUUGGGGUCAAUGAUAAUGUGCAAAUAUCAAAAAAUAGACCACAACAUUCGUGUGUUUUUAUGGAUCCACUUGGAGGGUUGAAAGAAAUUACAGUACCAUUUCAUUUUGCUCUAAAUAGUAAAAAUGGGAAGAGAGCACGUGAUAUACAUUUACUUAAAAAAUUAAAAACGUUUUUACGAGAAGACGAAUUUGGAUGUGAAAAGUUGAUCUCAGAGAUUGAGAAUGUGUGUUCAGAUUUGAAAACUAACGAAAUAAGAGUACAAACAUUAGAAAUGUUAAUAUCAAAUAAACAUAUUACUCCUGAUGCUUUAUUCGCAGCUACAAACUGUUUUAUUAAGAAAUUAAACGAAUAUGAAGGAGAAGAAAUGGAACCUACAACAAAAACGCUUUACUUAUUAACGACACAAUUGCAACAAAUAAUUAAAUUUUAUAAACAUAUUAAAUCCCAGUUUGAUACAGCAGAGGAUAAUACUUUUAUAAAUGAUGAUAAUAAUGAUUUAAUUAGUAAAAAUUUAGCUUCAAUUUUAUUAACUUAUGAAAAGGAAGUGCUUAGAAUAUUUGAGUUAUUUAAAAAAAUAAAUAGCUACAAGUGUUCAGAUUCUGAGACAGAAUGUAAAGUAAAGUUUAAAGAGGAUGGAAACAUUUUUUUAGAUUUUUUAUCUUGUUUUGAGUUUGGGACACCAGGUUUAAUAGAUAUUAAAAAAGACAUAAAAGAAGAAAAAGAAAAUUAUAUUUCUCAAUUAAUGUUUGAAGGAUGUGUAUAUUCAUGUGAUAGAAUUGAGAAAUGGAAAGAGACUGCUAAGGAUAGUAAUAUUCAACCAUUUGUUUUUAUGAAAUUAGCUUUAACUUACUGGCUUAAUAAGAAACAAGAUGAAUUAUGUUUAGCAUUAGAAUUAAAACAAUUUAUGCAACUCUUAAAUGCUAUUUGUUCACUAGUUAAUGUUGAAGAGAUAUGUGCAGAAAAUAAUGAAAUAUCUUUAUGGUGGAAAAAAGUUCGUAAUAUUCUUGUGGAUUCAACAAAUCCAUUUAAUGCACUUAGUGCUGCAUUGAUGUGUAGAGCUGUUGCCAUGUCUAUAGAAGGGUCUAAGGAAAAGUGUAGCAACGAAACUCUGGAUAAUAAUGAUCAGGACCAAAAAGAUAUUAAAUGUGAGAAUGAUUUCAAAGAAACAAAGGGUCAUGAAAUUAGUCAUUUAAAGUCAGAUGAUGAAGUGUAUAAUUUAACAAAUGAAUGGGAAAAUGUUACUAAAGAUAGUUGUCAGUUUACGUUACUUAUUGGGAACCUCGAGGAUAUUACGAUUUUAGACGCUGUUGUAAGCCAACAACCUCCAUCAGAUGCUGUAAUGCAAUUUUUUGCACUACCAUUUGUAAAAUUUGAUAUUUCUUUAGGAUCUGUGGUUUCAAAAGGAAAAGGUUCUGUAUCAGAGAUAGUUGCAAAAUGGAUUGCGUCUGCGGGCAUUGAUCCUUCUCAACUAGUAGAUACAACAGAUAUAGAAUUUGAUCAUAUACAGUCAACAAGCGAUUCUUUGGAAAUAAUAAAUUUUUUAAACAAACCUAAAUAUGUUGAAGAUGCACCAGAAUAUCAUUCAGAAAAGUCAGAGAUUGUUCCAGAAUCUCUUGAUACAAAAAGUGAAGAUAAAGAUAGUACAAAUGUUACUACAUGUAUUUUAGAGAGAAUAAAGUUAUUAAAACGUCAUUUUCCAUAUAGUUUAACAAGUAGUGUUUUACUAGCUAAUGUGUGCUGGGAAUUUGCAAUGUCAUGGAAUAAAGAUAUUUCACAAUUGAAGUGUCUUGAAGUUGCAUUAUCUAUUUUACGACAAAUACCAAUGAAACAGAUGAGACAUGGGGUUUGUUGUUUAUUAUGGUCGGUUCACAUAAAAAAACGAAUGGAAGUAGUUGCAAAACUAAUUAAUAAAUUAGGAAAGUUACCAAGAGAUAGAUUAUGUGUACAAGAGAUCGGUUUAUCUGAUAUACAGAUAGUUACGUUUUUGCAGAAUUGUGUCACAUUUUUAGAAAUAUUCAUUGAUUCUGAAAUACUUGAAGCAAGAGAGAAUAUCACAAUUAAGUCAGAAGAAUUAUGGGAAGGAUGUAUUUCUGGUCCACAACCGUUUGCGACAUUGGCUAUUUCUCAAGCACCCGCUGCGUAUGAUCUAAUUAUGUUACACGCGCAAUUAGCUAAUGUCUUAUAUAUGAUAGCGUACUUUAAUUUGAAAGUAAUAAAACCAAUAAACACUUUAUUUGAGUCUGUGGUGCAACCAUUUUUUUUUCAAACACUGACCGAAAAAGUAAUGCUAACAUGGUACAGAGCUGAUGAAAGAGAUCAUAUAAGAUCCAUGUUUUUAUGUCGUAUAAUUACUGCAUCUAUGGAUUUUAUUCAUCAAGAAACAACAGAUGGUAAAAUGAUUAGUUCAACAGAAGCUAUUCAGUGGAUGAAUAAAUGUCAAACAUUGGCAUCCAUAUGGAAAAUUAAUAAUGAUAACUUAAGGAUAUAUCAAGUUUGUCAAUUAUAUGUGAAUGGCUUUGAUCGAUUAGCAGAAGAAGUUGUUACAGCUGUAAACGAUGUUGAAAGGUUAGCAGAAGAACUUUUACCCAUUGCUGGAAGAAGAAUGAUGGCUUAUCUUUCAAAAACACCUGAUUUUUUGAAAGAAGUUUCUCGUAUAAGUCCUGCUCUUACUCAAUACUUGGAAAGUGUUGAUGAGCUGGAUAUAAUUUGUACAAAUUGCUCGAAUGAUGAUACUAUUGAAUUGAUACGACGAAUUUCAAGACAUUUACCCGAAACACAUUCUGAUUAUUGUCUUGCGCAAUUAAUGUUAGAUGCGGUGUUCAUUUACGAGGAUACAAUAUAGUAUUCAAAUGUCUAAGUAAAAUUAAUUUGUUGUAGGAAAUAAGUUUAGUAAAUUUAA